UAAGUGGCUAAAAUAUCGCUUUGAUGUUUAAUAAUUUUUUUGCUGACAGAUUUUUACGCUCGUUCGGCAGAGUACGAACGGAAUGAAUGAACGAUGUCAUUGUUGUUCACUUUUCUAGUCGACGAUGUAUCGUCUAGCAAAACAUCGAUGUUAACAUCGAUGCAUUGUUGGCAUUCCUAUUUAUGAGUUGUUUUUGUUUCCCUUGAGUACGAUAAAGUGAAGCGCAAAAAUUAGUUGAUUGCAGAAAAAAUAUUCAUCACGAAGCUAUAAACAAAGAAAAUAAGAUUUUAAUCAGUGAAUAUGCAAGAAACAUAAAAUACGCUAUGAAAUAGUGGUAUUCUAUUUUUCAGAGAGUGAUUUGCUAAAAUGCAAACGACUAGCAAGUGAGGAGCAGCUUGUAUUUUGAAUGUGGAGAACUUUCACAAAUCACAUGAAACCACAACAUCAAAGGGGCUUCAUUCAACUCAGUUUGUGCUUGCGAUUCGGCUGCGGUUGAAGCAGAAACUCUGUAUUCCUUGGUGGCAUUCAAUCCCGCUAACGAAAACAAUUGACGAGGUACACGUUUACAAGGGGCAAGAACGCCGCUACGAAGAUUCGCCAAUAACAAGUCUGACUAAAUCGACGAAGUGUAGGUGCAAUUGGGCACGAUUCACUGUGCAUAAAAGUUUAAAUAUAUAUUAACGCUAAAAAGAAGGGCAAUAUUACGGUGUUCAAGUGCACAAACAGAAAAUCGAAUACCAGUGACUAAUCGAAGUCAUUUGAUGAAUAUAUAAGUCAUUUAUAUAAUAUAUUACUUUUAACAAAAUCGAAACAAAAGAUGCAUUCUGACGAAGAGAGCUUGUAUGACCCUGAAGAUGCUGACACAUCCACCCAGGUGCUAGAUGCAGCUGUGGUCGGUGUGGGGAGUAUUGACGGCACACCGUCUACCGAAACCGCAUAUAGCAGUAAUCAAAGUGACGAUACAGCCAGCAAAGAGGGAGUACCUGUAGAGUCUGCUGAUACGGAUAUCAACGCAUCAUCCAAACGACGCUGGUUCAUCUUGGAACCCGCAGUGUUUUUGGUUUUUCUCGCAAUGUAUUUGUCAGGGGCGGUUUAUCAAAACCAAGUUUUAUAUCAGACGUGCGUGGCGAUAUACAAAUACAAUGAAAGCGACUGCCAACCGCUUUUGGGUGUCAGCAGGGAGACGAAAGAAGCACAGGAAAUUGAAACUCGCGUACAACCAUAUGUUGCGCGUAUUCUAAUGGCUCGCUCGCUGUUGGAGAGUAUCAUACCGGCAUUUGUCAGUUUAUUUGUUGGUCCAUGGUCAGACAAAUUUGGUCGUCGCCCCAUCAUCCUCGCCACCUACACAGGCUACCUCACUGGAUGUAUUAUACUAACGAUUCUAGCUUUUAUUGCAACCAAAGUUAUAAUUAGUCCCUGGCUAUUUCUACUAUCCUCUGUACCCUCGGUGCUUAGUGGUGGUACUUGCGCGCUCAUCACCGGUAUUUAUUGCUACAUAUCAGAUGUGGCCAAAGAGAAGGCGCGUGCAGUGCGCAUGGUGAUGAAUGAGGCUUCUUUGUUAGCCGGCAUGACGGCUGGCAAUUUGCUUAGCAGUUAUAUUUAUGCAGCAACAAAUGUAGUAACAGUCUUUGGCAUAUCGGCACUGCUGAUGUUGCUAGCCUUAUUAUAUGUGUUCAUAUUUGUUAUGGAAAGUCUGCGGCCUGAUCAAAUACAUACAGGAUCCAAAAUACGCGAAUUCUUUCGCUUCGAUCUGGUGAAGGAUUUGGUGCAUACUUGCUUCGAACGACGGCCCAGCUUUGAUCGCGCUAUCAUUUGGUUAACUAUGAUAACGUUAACGAUUGCUUUAUUCACCAUGGAGGGUGACAGCAAUGUAACAUACCUCUUUUUCCGUGCAAAAUUCGAGUGGACCCUAAAGGACUACACGCUUUUUAAUGCUGCGCGCAUUAUUGUACAAAUAUUUGGCAGCAUUUUCGGUAUCAUUUUAUUGCGAAAGGUUUUCAAAUUUUCAAUUGUCUCCAUGACAAUGCUGUCAUUGGCUUGCUGCGUGUUGGAGAGCACAGUACGCGCCACUGCAGUGUAUUGGUGGGAGCUGUAUUUGGGUAUGGUACUCGGUGGCAUGCGUGGAAUAAUGGGACCAAUGGCGCGGGCCAUACUAUCACAUGUGGCACCACCAACGGAAGUCGGAAAAAUAUUCGCAUUCACUACUUCAUUGGAAUCUCUGUCACCGCUUGGUGCUGCUCCACUCUAUACGAUCGUAUACGACGCGACGCUAGAGUUUUAUCCAGGUCUAUUUAAUUUCAUCAGCGCCGCGCUAUAUUUACUUUGUUUCACAUUGAUUGCCGUUAUAUAUGGCAUUCAAAAAUCACUGGGCAAUACUGCGGCCUAUCAAGCGAUCGGUAGUUAAGUUUUAAUGUCACAAGCGUACAAUACAAAGUUUAUUUCAAUAAUUACUAGACGAAGUUUUUGUUUAUAAAAUUAGUAAAUUAUCCCAUGUGAUG